AUGAUGGCUUUAAUCGCGGAGGGACGCGACCAGCUGGAAGGCGAGCGGCUCGAAGAGGCCGUCGCCACAUACGAUGAGCCCCCUCCCUUAAAGCCCCCUCCCUUAAAGCCUCCUCCCUUAAAGCCUCCUCCCUCCGCUGCUCGCACCCGCCCCGCCCCCUUGGCUGUCCCCACAGGCGGAGAGGCUGCUGCGGCGGCUGCACCAGCGGCUGUUGCACGGGCGCGGCGUGGCCAAGUCGCUGCUACAGCUGCACGAGCCGGCCGCAGCGGACUUCGAGCAGGUGAGCGCACCCCUGGUGUGCGUGUGAGGACUUUUGUGGCGCCUCAAAAGGCAGUGAGCGCCAACCCUGGCAGCGCAGAGCUGUGGAUGGAGGUGAUUGUCCAGGCGACCCAGAACAUCGUAUCACGUGCCUCUCUCGCCUCUCCUUCCCCACAGGCAGUGAGCGCCAAUCCCAACGAUGCAGAGCUGUGGAUGGAGGCAGUGAGCGCCAAUCCCAACGAUGCAGAGCUGUGGAUGGAGGCAGUGAGCGCCAAUCCCAACGAUGCAGAGCUGUGGAUGGAGGCAGUGAGCGCCAAUCCCAACGAUGCAGAGCUGUGGAUGGAGGUGGGGGCGGAGCGCGAGGUUCUGGGGCAGCAUGAGAGGGCGUUCGAGGCGUUCAGCCGCGCCCUGGAGCUGCUGCCGGGCAAUGCAGAGGCGCUCAAACGACGAGGGCUGAGCGCGUUCAACUGCUACCGCUUUAGGGACGCCCUCAAAGACCUGCUGCCCGCGCUGCAUAUGCUGCCGAACGAUGCCGACCUCAACCGCGCCGUGGUGGACUGCCAGGUGGACUGCCACGUGGACUGCCAGGUGGACUGCCAGGUGGACUGCCAGGGAAUUGCAUUGGUGCGGUCGAACCAGUUCCGGCCAGCACAGCCGUACCUGGCGCGGGCGGUGGAGCUGCUGCCAGGGGAUGCGGAUGUGCGCAAGGAGAAGGGGCGGCUGCACCGCCUGCUGGGGGAGACCCACCAGGCUGAGACGGACCUGCUGCACUCGCUCGAGCUCGGGCAGAUACUAGAGACGCAUCAUAACCUGGUGCUGCAGAAGCGGCUGCUGGGCGAUCACUGGGGGGUGAUUCGCAUGGCAGACGCGGGGCUCAAGGCGUUCCCAGGCGAGCUGGAGAUCAUGCACGCCAAGGCGUCCAGCCUGCACGUGGUCGGGGAGCAUGCUGCUGCUGUGAGUUACACGUGA